GUAGUUAUAAAAAUUGGAACCUUUUUCUUCUUCUUCUUCCUCGCUUUGUGCUUCUUCUAGCAUCUCAAUUCAAAAUCCUCGCGAGCUUCUUCCAUUUUCUUCUUUAGACUAAUUCGUGCUUUCGAAUCUUUAUAUCGGUCUUUGAAUAUAAACGAGCUAUGAAACUUUUAUGUCCAAGUGAUAAUGUCCUGAGAUUUUCGUUCGCAAGCCGGCUAUUCUCUCGUGAACUGGUUAGCAUUGAUGAGAAUUCGAAGAAGAAAUACAUUAGUUUACCUUUUUGUUGUGGUGGUAUGAGGAAGGUUUUUGCGUCAAGACAUUAUGUGCCAGGAGUACACUUGCAAGAUUCGUCGGUUGCUGAGAAAAGUCUGCCAAGAAGAGAGACUGGAGAGGCUUGGCUUGGCUUUGUGAGGACGUUGUUGAUUGACAAUUAUGAUAGUUACACGUUCAAUAUAUAUCAGGCAUUGACUACUAUUAAUGGAGUGCCUCCUGUGGUUAUUCGAAACGAUGAGUGGACGUGGGAAGAAGCUUACCGUUACUUAUAUGAAGACGCUGCUUUCGAUAAUAUUGUUAUAUCACCUGGACCUGGUUCUCCCAUGUGCUCAUCUGAUAUAGGAAUAUGUCUUCGCCUUUUGCUUGAGUGUCGUGAUAUUCCAAUUCUAGGCGUCUGCCUCGGCCACCAGGCACUGGGUUAUGUCCAUGGAGCUCAUGUGGUGCAUGCACCAGAACCAGUCCAUGGACGGUUAAGUGGGAUUGAACAUGAUGGGAACAUAUUGUUUUCUGAUAUACCAUCCGGGAGAAACUCUGAUUUCAAGGUUGUUAGAUACCAUUCACUGACCAUAGAUAAAGAAUCACUGCCAAAGGAACUCGUACCAAUAGCUUGGACGAUUUAUGAUGACAAUGGUUCUUUCUCUGUUCCUGUGAAUAAUCAAAGUUAUUGGCCUUCGUCCCAUGUUGAUGGAAAACAAGAUAGACACAUUCUAAUGGGCAUCAUGCACUCUACUUUUCCACAUUAUGGUUUACAGUUUCAUCCAGAGAGUAUUGCUACCACCUAUGGAAGUCAAAUAUUCAAGAACUUCAAAGACAUAACUCUGGAUUACUGGAAUGGCUGCAAAGCUCCAUCAUUGCGUCGAAGAAAGAUUAAUGAAACCGGAAACAUGCAGGUGCCUGGUGCUUGUGGAUUCCUGAAAGAACUUUCCAGAAAUAGAAUUACAGGAAACGGUUCUAGUUAUUAUGGUAACCCUAGGACGUCCCUCUCUACUGCCAAGAAAAAUGGUGUAGACGUCUUAGAACCUAAUGCAAAAUUGCUGAGGUUGAAAUGGAAGAAGCUUGAACGUCUUGCACAUAAAGUUGGUGGAGCAAGAAAUAUAUUCAUGGAACUCUUUGGUAAAAGUAGAGGGCAUGAUACUUUUUGGCUGGAUACUUCUUCUGGUGACAAGGCUAGAGGGCGAUUUUCGUUCAUGGGCGGUAAAGGUGGAUCCCUCUGGAAGCAGUUGAUAUUUAGUUUAUCUGAUCAAAGCGAGAUUACAUCUAAACAUGCUGGACACCUUCUGAUUGAAGAUGCUAACUGUUCUACUGAGAAAAGAUUCUUAAAAGAAGGCUUUCUAGAUUUUUUACGUAAGGAACUUUCAUCCAUCUCUUACGAUGAGAAGGACUUUGAAGGGUUGCCUUUUGAAUUUUAUGGUGGAUACGUAGGUUGUAUUGGGUAUGAUAUUAAAGUCGAAUGUGGAAUGCCAAAUAACCGUCACAAAUCCAAGGCUCCGGAUGCAUGUUUUUUCUUUGUAGAUAACAUUGUCGCCAUUGAUCAUCAUCUUGAUGACGUUUAUGUAUUAUCUCUUCACCAAGAUGGCACCGUAGAAACCUCCUUCCUCAAAGAUACCGAAGAGAAGAUCAUUAGCAUGAACGUUUCGUCUACAAGAAAGUGGAAGGAUCAAACGCUUCCUCCUAUAGAUUCAUCUACAAGUUUUGUCCCUGACAAAUCACGAGAGCAGUAUAUCAACGAUGUUGAGAGGUGUAUGCAGUACAUCAAAGACGGGGAGAGCUACGAGCUUUGUCUCACUACUCAGAACAGAUUGAAGAUAGGGAACACUGAUCCUUUGGGACUCUAUCUACACCUCAGAGAGAGGAAUCCAGCUCCAUAUGCAGCUUUUCUCAACUUCUCUAAUGCAAAUGUGUCUUUAUGCUGUUCAUCCCCUGAAAGGUUUCUUAAGCUAGACGGACAUGGAGUGCUUGAAGCAAAGCCGAUCAAGGGUACUAUGGCUCGUGGCUCCACACCUGAAGAAGAUGAACUUCUCAAACUGCAAUUGAAACUCAGUGAGAAGAAUGAAGCAGAGAAUCUGAUGAUUGUUGACCUUCUGAGGAAUGAUCUUGGUCGUGUAUGUGAGCCUGGCUCAGUGCAUGUGCCUAACCUCAUGGACGUGGAAACAUAUACAACAGUACACACUAUGGUGAGCACGGUCCGUGGACUUAAAAGGUCAGAUAUUAGUCCAGUGGAAUGUGUAAAAGCAGCUUUCCCUGGCGGGUCAAUGACCGGUGCUCCGAAACUGAGAUCGGUCGAAAUUCUUGACUCGCUUGAGAAGUGUUCGAGAGGUCUUUACUCUGGCUCAAUAGGGUAUUUCUCAUAUAAUGGCACAUUUGAUCUGAAUAUUGUGAUAAGAACAGUGGUGAUACAUGAGGGUGAAGCUUCCAUUGGAGCAGGAGGAGCAAUUGUUGCGUUAUCAAACGCGGAAGAUGAGUUAGAGGAAAUGGUUCUUAAGACUAGAGCUCCUGCUAAUGCGGUCAUUGAGUUUUGUAAUGGUGGUUCACUGAUCAGAGAAGACACUAGUUCUAGUUGUGUCUUGAUGGGCCGGUAAAGCGAAGGGGAUUCCUCAUCCAUCGGUCGAGGCUCUGUGUUGUGGCUUUUUAUCAGUUAUUUUUAAAUAAAUAAAAAUAUUAUUUGAAGAUUUCUAUAGAAAAUUAAAAAAAAACGUAUAUAGUUGUAGACUUGUAUGAGAUUUGAUUGAUAAAUAAAAUUUCAUUUUCAAAA